UAAGAUUGAUACUUUCUCUAGAACAUGAGAGGAGAGAAGCUGUUUACAGUGUGGCUAGUGUGUGGCCAAGAAUUGAAAAUACAAUCGUGCUCUAUUUCUGUACACAUAAAGUAUGCCUUAGAACCCUACUUUCCACUUGUAUGAACAUUCAAAUAAAACAAUAACUAUUUACACAUCGUCAAAUUAAAUAUCACCCGAGAAUAACUAUGUCCAUAAAAAUAAUACCAUGUUUGCCAUGCCAUGUAAAACAGAAACUAGUACAGGCAUUGGCACCACUGUUGGAUUCUCGCAAAUCUCACUAGUAAGGCUGGCUUAUGUACACAAAAUUCUGGGUUUUCAUUCCACCGUCAGUCCCGUGUGAGAGAUAAACAUUCUCUCACUAGCUAAGCAAAAAGUGAUUGACAAUCAAUAUGAACCACCGUAAUACACUCAUCAGUGCAAAUAUUCAGUUUUAUUCAACAGAAUAAUGAAUAAUGGAACCGAACCUGGCAAUUCAAGCUGUUGCACGUCCAAAAACACCUAUUUACCAAAGGUUUACCGCUGCCCUGCAGAGUGAUCCAAGAUGCUCACAAGAGGUGGCACUCGGACGGAGGAUAGGACUUUAUCGGUUUUGUGGAGACAUCGGAAGAGGUAAUUUUUCACGUGUCAAACUUGCCGUUCAUCAAUUAACCAAAGAUAAAGUUGCAAUUAAAGUAGUGGAUACCAGUCGCUUAGAUGCUAAAGCGCUUCGAAUGCUUUCAAGGGAAGUUACAACGCUAGAAUCAGUAUUUCACCCUUUUAUACUCAGACUAUUCGAAGUUAUUGAAACUCUCGGAAAGAUACAUCUUAUAAGUGAGUGGGUACAGGGUGGAGAACUAUAUAACAGAAUUGCUGAAGAAGGACCGUUGGAAGAGUAUCAUGCUGCAGUAAUAUUCCAUCAAUUAUUACUGGCUGUGAAACAUCUACAUAAUUUGGGAUAUGUUCACCGUGAUAUAAAGGCAGAAAAUGUCCUUAUGGUUAGCGAUGAUCGAGUCAAAUUAGCUGAUUUUGGUUUCAGUACUCAGCUCAUCAACGGUCCAUGGCAACAUUUGGAUACAUUCUGUGGUUCACCACCAUAUGCCGCUCCCGAGCUGUUUAGUGACGACCAUUACAUAGGUGGUCCAGUUGACAUCUGGGCAUUAGGUGUUUUGGUAUAUUUUAUGCUUCACGCAAAAAUGCCAUUUAAAGCGUCAACUGUGCCGUUACUCCGAACAGCCGUUCUAAGAGGAGAGUUUGAAAUUUCUUCUACCUUAAGCCUUCCUUGCUGUAGAGUAAUACAACGCAUCUUAGUAAUGGCACCUUCCCGUCGACCAACAAUCGAACAGCUACUGAAAUGCCAAUGGUUUGAGUAUGCAGAAACAUUCAAAAAUGUUACCAAUAGAAAAACAGAUUCAAGUAUGAAUCCCAAAAUGUUAAACGAGGAUGAUAAUACAAGUGAAGUUCCUAAGACGCGUAGAAAGUAUUUUUGGAUUUUUUCUACUAGAGGCCAACGUCGACAAUAUUCUCCAGCUAAAUCAUCCAGUCGCAGAAAUAAUAGUGCUGCCAAUCAAAAUGAAACAAAUGAACCAUCGUUACGCACUAUUAAAUGUUGCACCAAACGCGCAGGUAGUGUUUUAGAAGACAACUUUUUACAUCCAAUAGAGAUAGAAUUAUCUUGCACAAACCACCUUAAAAAAUCAUGUUUUUCCAAUGAUAACUCGAAUAAUAAUACCUAUAGCCAAAAAGACAGCAAUAGAAAUCGUAGGUUUUCCAUUAGUCGUUUAGUAAAAAAGAGAAUUAGUCCACUAGAUUUUGCAAACAAACAAGAAAACAGUGAUGAAACAUCGACCGGAGAUUUCAGAGACCACCUGCAACGAAUAAUUGAUGAAGAACAUGGAAAACAUGUCAUGUAUCCUACCGCUACGCUUAAUAUAAUGCAUCCUCUUGAACAUGAAACUCGCAAAAUAUUAGAAAGUCUUGGAAUAACUUCAGAAAUGAUUGACAAAUCAGUCAUUAACGGUCCACGCAGUGAUAUUAUAGGAAUAUAUCGAAUAAUGAUCCACAGGCUACAGCGAGAACAGACAGUUUUCAAAAAUACAAAUGGAGGAUUAAAUAUUGAUCAAAAAUUUGACUAUCAAAGGAAAAAAGGUGCACACCGAUCAUCAAGUGCAGUUCAAGGAAAAGAUAAUUGGCAAGAAAAGGGAAAUAAUAAUCAUUUAACGUGUGCCAUACUUUGAACAAACACAAUGAUGAACAAAUAAAAUUAUGUAAAUCAGCA